UUGUCACUGUGGGUUCCAGGUCGCAAGGGGGCGCAAGAACGCAGAUAGGAAGGUACUCGGAAGUCUUUACCACGUGAAGGAUGUUGAUUUAUUUUGAACAGCGAACUAUUUCAACAUCGAUAACCUUCUUAUCAACACUUAUUUUAUGUACCGUACAAUGUGUUUUAGAGUGUACCUGCGAAAUGAAGUGACAGUUUUCUGACAUUAUGCCAGCCACAAACAGAAGGAAGCAGAAGCAAGGGAGAGACACCGCGGUACAGGGAACCAAUGACAGCAGUGUGGUGAGCAAGGUGUCUGCUGCAGCGCACGGCUACUUCCAGGAUGUCUUCCUUCAGCACUUGGUGUGCAAAGUGACCAGGAGAGCCCCACUCAUCAACAGGGGCUAUUAUGUGCGCUGGAGAGCUGUGGACCACUGUGUGAGGAGGUUCCUACACGUUACUGAAAACUGCCCCAAGAGACAGAUUUUGUCAUUGGGUGCAGGGUUCGAUUCUCUGUAUUUCCGCCUACAUGCAGAUGAAGCACUUGACAGAGCUGUUGUGUUUGAGGUAGACUUUCCUGAUGUGGCGCGGCGCAAGGCCGCCCUGAUCGAUUCGAAUGUUACACUGAGACUGAUGUUAGGCCCCCUUUUAUCUUUUGUGACAGGGCCUGUAUAUGUAUCUAGUGGUCAGUACCGUCUGUUAGGGGUAGAUGUUAGGGAGGAGUCCCAAGUGGAGGAGGCUCUGGGUGGAGCUGGGCUGGACUGGUCUGCCCCUACGCUAGUUCUGUCUGAAGUUGUGCUUACCUACAUGGAAACACAAUGGUCAGAUGCUGUCAUCAGCUGGACAGCAAAGCUCUUGCCACAGUCACUCUUUGUUGUAUAUGAGCAGAUACGUCCACAUGAUCCCUUUGGACAGAUCAUGCAGGAUCAUUUCCUGAAACUAAAUUCAGCUCUUCAUGCCCUCCGACAGUACCCAGACACUGCUGCACAGAGACACAGGUUCCUGGACAAGGGCUGGGAGCAGUGUGUAUGUCUGGAUAUGAAUGUCUUCUACCUCGGGCUGGUCCCUGAGGAGGAGCGAUGCAGAGUGGAGAAGCUUGAGCCUUUUGAUGAAUAUGAGGAAUGGCAUCAGAAAUGUUCCCACUACUUCAUCCUUACUGCAUGUCGAGGUGCUUUGACGGCGCAGGCUUUACUCACACAGGCUCCAGUGUCGUCAAUGUCAUCCACUUGCACAUCUUGGAGCCCCAUAGCCCUCAGUGUGCAGACCGUACCAGUUUGUAUGGAAGGGCUGGGGAUGGCUUCCUCCUUGGUGAGCCCAGGGCAGAUCCUGCUGACAGGAGGCUCUAGCAGAGGAGGUAGGGGGGCAGCAACUCAGUUUCUCAUCAGGGGCCAGGAAGGCUGGAGAUCUGCCAGUGUGGAACUGUCAGGAGGUUUGGGUGUUCGACUCUACCACACUAUCACCUCUCUUCCUGGAGGAGAUUUGGUGGUAUACGGCGGUCGCUCGUCUCCACUCAACCCAAUUCAAGGUCUUCUGAGAGUAACUCUGAACCCCCACAGUCCAUCUGGUUGUCUCGACUCAGAGGACCGAGACAUGGUGAAACUUUGUGUAGAGCAGAUUGUCUGUACGGGUGAUCCACCACCAGCGAGAUGGAGGCACACUGCCACUGUGGUCAGUCACAAUGGCAAAGAUUUUCUGUUUGUGUUUGGGGGAAAGAACGAAUCAGAAGUAGUUCUGGGUGACUGCCACUUCCUGUGUCAAGACCAGCAGCACUGGACUGAGAUCCCAGUAGAGGGUGCAGCUCCAGAGGCCCGCCAUUCCCACUCAGCAUGUUCAUAUCAGAGCGGUGUGGUGGUGUUCGGAGGAUUAGACCGAAGGGGAGUGCCACUGGGUGACACAGUGGUGUUAAGGCAAAAUGAGAGAGGUUUCUACUGGGAAAGAAUAGAGGUGCAGCCAUCUCCUGUUCCCAGGUACUCUCAUUCUGCCCAUGUGAUUGGUCAAAGGCUGGUUGUGGUCGGUGGAGUUUGGCUGCAUUCAGAUGGUGUACCAGGUGGUGUUAUUAUCAACCUCACCACACACAGCAGCAUGGAGUUCAGUCUGGACACGACCUCAGUGCCCUGGCCUCUGAUGCUUCACUCAUUCUGCUCUGAGCUUCCAGAUCCAAGGAAGCCAGAACUGCUACUGAUGGGUGGGGGAGGAAACUGUUUCUCCUUUGGGACUCACUUCAACCUUCAGCCUGUCACUGUUGACCUCGGACCUAUGCUGGGAUGAAGUAGCCUUAAGAGUUUCUGUGAAACCGUUCAGCUCAAAUCAGUGACUUAAAAUGAGGAAGUUAUGCCAUCCAAACUCCAGCCACAAGACACGCUAGCCAGGAUGAAACAGUUGAACUUGGAUUAUUUCCGACUGUAUAAAUAGAGCUUAUGUCAGGCCUGUUCAGAGGUCCAGGCAAGUGAUGUUGUGAUUGUUAUUGAUCCCUGAAGUGCAGAUGUCUGAUUUAAGUGUGCCUUUUAAGGGCACAAAAGCUUAAAAGACAUUAAACAACUUAUGUAUAGAAAAUCCAAAGAAAUGUUGUCUGCUUACUGGACAGGUUUUUAUUUGGAAGACCUCAGUUCAAAAUCACAAAAUAGUCAAUGAAAAUUCUCAUCAAAUAUCAGCAUAGUAGGUGAUUUUCUUGGAUGGAACUUAAAUCAUUCAGUGAAGCGCCUGAAGGACUGGACUGUCGGACUGAUGGCACCCCAGUCACCGGGCUUGCGGUAUUCCCCUUUCUCCAGGAAGUACUGCCUUCCUCGGUAGUUGGGGUGUUCGUAGAAAACCCACCAUCCGUCAAAGACUUUACAGGAGUUGACCUCCCUCCAGCGGAACUUCUCCAGAAGUGAGGGACAGUCUUCUGUGGCCUCAAAGACCUGACCCCCGAAGUCCGCCUUCUCAUACAGCUGCAUCUUGUAAGGGGUUCCACUAGUCUAAAAGGUGACAGGAGGAAAGGAGAUAGAAGGGGUGAGGGGGUAGAUGACAGGUGGAGGCGUUGUUAGUGGAGAGGGUUGGGAAAGUAUCGGGAGUGGAAGUGGGGUAACAGAAAAGGGGUAGGUGGGAUAUAUAGGGGAAUUAGAUAUGCAGCAGCAGGGAAAAUGUUUGUAGCACUGCACGAGUAAGCGCUCACAAUAUUAUGAGUGUCACGGUGAACUAUCCUUCAGUGUAUCUGGCAAGAUCUUUAAUCAAACACCAUCCAUCAUUGUUUGCAUCUUGUUUGCUCACUGUUUCGUGACUUCAUAAAUAGUACGAAACUGUACACAUGAAAGCCAGAUAACCAAAUUGAUUUUUGUGUGAGCGUCCCUGCCUCCAGGCUGUGGGUCGGUUGGACCAACGCCUGAUCAUACAAAUGGCCUGACCCAGGUAUUGGUCUGCAUUGACAAAGCCCUGCAGUCAGUGGUAACGUGAACUCUGAUAUGUCCAUCAGAGAGUGUUGCUCCCCCUCUCACUGUAGCUUUUAUCAAUUCAACUAACUUCUGCCUGAGUGACUCAUAAACCUCAAGCUCGUAUCCCCCAGACUUUUCUGCUUCACCCUACGUUACAUUUUGAAAGGUUACCAGUCCAUCAAUAAAUUGGCACCCUGUGUUGGGCACAGGGUUGCCCACAGGCCAAAGUUGGCCCACCAAAGGUUUUUUUACAAAUGAAAAACAUUUUAGAAUUAUGAUAUAAAUCACUGUUUAGUUCUUUAAAUAUAUGGGAUCCAUAAUUAUGAUUACUUGUCAUAAUCUGAGCUAAGGUUGUUAAAAGUAUCAGGGUGUUGAUACUUUUUUAAUGGCAUGCUUUUAAAACAAUGGGAUAUAUGCCCUUGAUAUUACUGAGGGAAAAAAAACAGAUCUCCAAUCAGAUUUUUGACACAAGGCUGCACUGAUAUUAACAUUAUUAUGAAUGUGUUGGUAUGUGUCCAGUGACCUUUUUUGUACAGUUGGUUUAAUAAU